AUGAUGGAGCUGAAUCUCACCCGGGUUGACUAUUUGCAGGCUGGUAUAACAUCUCCAAAGACUUUGCAAAUUUUACCAUUGACAGGCAAAACUCAGAAGAUAGCUGUUGGGGACAAUGAUGGAAUGCUACACUGCUUCGGCCUGCGAAAGGGACAAGUUCAGACUGUGUUCCAAGCAUCAAGCAGUAACAGACUGUCAAGAGUUGUGCUGGGAGGUCAUGCUGGUGGGGCCAGAGAUCGAAUCUUCACUGCAAGUGGAACUGAAGUGAAUGCUUACACAAAGAAGGGAAAGAAGUUCCUUACUUUCACCACAAAUAUGUCUGAGCCUAUAGUGUCGAUGUAUGUUGAAGGCACUGAUCUUUUGACCUGUGGCAAUUUUGUAUUCAACCACUAUCGUGAUUGUAAAGAUGUCAACUACUUCUUGAGCAAUGACAAGAUAAAUGAUGUCCUGUGUCUGCCUGCAGACAAGAGAAAUGGAAUCACCCCAAUCCUUGCCUGUCAGGACAGGGUCCUCAGAGUUCUUCAGGGAUCUGAGUUGUUGUAUGAGGCAGAGGUUCCUGGCCCACCUGUUGUCCUGGAGUUGUAUGGAAACAAUGCAGGUGAAGAUGGUAAUGAAAUUCUUUAUGGGACAUCUGAUGGCCGUGUUGGACUGCUGCAGAUUGGACCGUUAGUGCCAAAUAAUCGAUGGGAAUUGGCCAAUGAGAAAAGAGGCGGAGGUAUAUUAUGCCUGGAUAAUUAUGACAUCAUAGGAGACGGCAUUUUGGAUCUUCUGGUGGGUCGUGACGAUGGACAGGUGGAGGUGUACAGCUAUGAUGAAACAGACGAGCCAGUGUUUCGCUACAGCUAUAGUGGAAAUGAGAGUAUCACUUCCGUGAAAGGUGGAAUUGUGGGAUCGCCAGAUUUUCCUGAGAUUGUCUGCUGCACAUACGCAGGCUGGGUGUUUGCUCUCACUACUGAACAACUUACUAAAGAAGCAGGACCACAGCAAGUAAUUGCUGAUGCGGCUGCUGUUGCUAAAAUUGAGAAUCUCAAGUCUGAACUGGAUGAUUUACAGAAGAAGGUGUCGGACGAAAGAGACAAAUAUCAGCAAACGGCCAACUCAAAGACAGCUGUAUCAGCAGUUCCGCUGUUUCCGAUCGGUGACAAGUUUGUCCUCAACAAAGAUGACGCUAGCUACACACUCAGCCUGGAGCUGCAAAGCCCCAUUGAUAACAUCCUCCUACAGAGUGAUGUGCCGGUUGAUUUGUUGGAUGUGGAGAAAAACUCAGCUGUGGUCAGCUAUUCUGCCUGCAACCCAGAGGAAGGGAACUUCCUCUUAGCUACUUAUCGAUGUCAGGCAAACACUACCAGAUUGGAGCUGAAAGUCCGUUCUAUCGAGGGCCAGUAUGGGACACUCCAAGCUUACAUUACUCCACGUACACAGCCAAAGACAUGCCAGGUUAAACAGUACCCCAUCAAGCCAUUGUCUUUACACCAGCGUACACAUACAUUCGAUGAGAAGAGACCGCAUAAUCGAUUGACUUUGAAGGGUCAGUUUAGCCUGGCAGAAGUACACUCCUGGUUGUUGUUCUGUCUGCCUGAGCUGCCAGAAAGGACCCCGGCUGGAGACAGUGCCAACUUUCAGUUUGCUUCGACUUUCUUGGACACUCAGUUGGACUGUAUUUACAGGAGAGGCGAAGCAGUGUUCAGAUCUGACAAUGUCUCUACCAUCUCCAUCCUCAAGGAUGUGCUGUCCAAGGAAGCCACAAAGAAGAAGAUUAGACUGGACAUUUCUUAUGAUAUUAAUGAGGACUCAAUAAACCACACUUUGAGAAUGAUUCACCCAAAACUUGAGUAUCAGUUAUUGCUGGCCAAGAAAGUACAGCUUAUAGAUGCACUCAAG